CUCGGGUCGUAUAUCUCACCUCGCGUGUACUCAAUGUCCUGGCGCAACUCUUCCCUUCUGUUCCUCGCCUCUGAUCCCACGGCCUCAAUCAUGGCGGAUCUAUUAUGGACCAACGUGGUCACCGCUCUGCUCAACAUGGACAACGGCCCUCGAUCCACGACCCUACUCGGCUUGCACUCCUGUGCGCCUUCCUCUCUCUUCCCUCCAACUCAAUCUACGCGAAACCUAUCCAGGUGUCCCUCGCGGCCCCUACAAACCAAAGGCCCCGAGCUCCACCCGCGCGACACCCGAGUCUGAUCCUGAUGUGCAUUUCACCUCCCCACAUGCAUCUGACGCCCAUUCCGCUCCCCGGAGCCAGCACACAGAGACCAGCGACUCGCUCCUAUUAUCCCACCGCAUUCUGCAGGAUAACCCUGGAUUCCUGCACCACCAACUCGGCCGAGAGCACCAGGAUGGCGCCUCGCUGCCCUUCCCGUCCUCGGCGGCGUCGGCGAUCCAUCCGCAGUAUCUGCAAGCCUAUCAGUACGCAACCGAUGUCCGCGAUGUCCGCAACUUUCGUGGCCCGCAGAGCGCCAGUGUCGGCAGUCAUGGUGGCCAUUUGCACGGCGCCAGCUCGGCAGCGAGCGCCAUGUCCAGCCCCUUGGCAGACGAUACGAUUCAGAAAGCAAACUCGGCCAACAGCAGCGGGAACGCCGUUUCCGUCGGCAAGAUCAACCCCCUCGACAUCCUGGCCAUUGUGGCCGACGGGGUGUGCUGGGUCAAUCAGUAACGACUCUGUCAGCCUCGGAGCCUCCAUCGAUGAAUCCUGCGUGUUUGGCGCCACCGGAGCCGUCAAUGGAUCUGCUUCUUUUCACAAGCGCAUCUGCUCGCCUGCCCCCCGCCACAUUGGCUGAACUUGCUGAAUAGCCACCAUCUACCUGUAUCUCGAGCCAAUAAUGCACGAUGCUGAUCAGCCGCAAGUACGCAGCCUUACGAGUGCCUCCGGACUGCCACUCCUUUUUCCGUCUCCAUCCCGUUUCACUUCUCCCGUCUUGUAUCCGGCUCUUUGGGGCCUGCUUUUUGUUGUUCCGACCUGCUCUGCUGUCUUGUAUGGAUGUCGUGCUUGUGGGUGUGGGUGUGGGUGUAGGCGUGGGUGUGGGUGUUUUUGGUGCUUCCUUUGCGUUCUUGAAAACGAUGAUGGAUGCUGUCGAUUGCUGAUUUCUUGACUUGUCCUUCCAUCCCGGGCCGGCUUUCCUUCCAAGGCUCCCCACCCUCAGCCCUGUCGCGGAUGCCCCCCCCCUACUUCGGAUGCAUCUUUGAUCGUCCGCUUAUGCCGUCGCUUUCGUUCUUGCUUUCGUUCUUGCUUUCGUUUCUUACAGCGUUUCCAAAAUGAAAUGGAACACC